AUGGCAACACGUCUCAGAGAAGAUCGCGAUUCAGCGAAUUGCUUAAGGAAAGCAAAAAAAGUAUCAGUACCAAUUGUACCAGAUAUUAUCAAUAUGGACCUUGGUCGAACCGUAAAAUUUAUGGAUGAACAAAAAGCCGAACUUAGUCAUAAAUAUCCGUAUUUUCGUCCAAAUAUUUUAAAUCUACCAUCAACAAGUUCAACAAAACAACCAGUGCGACGAUAUAUUUCUCAUAAAGCAGAUCCACUAUUAAUGAAUUAUUGCAUUUAUUCUGGUCGCUAUGCUUUUCCUCUUCAUCGUCUAUUAGUCCACAUAAUUUCUGGUUGA